UCUCUGCCUGCUCAAUGAUAUGAAUCUCAUCAUCCGCUUGUGCUAAGGGUGCGCGCGCCCGCAUGCAACAUAGAAUCUUUGUGCAUGCUUCUGUGAUAUCUUGGUGUUUCGCCAUUCCAAACGUGGCGACAGCAGCAGCAGUGUAGUGUAGUCCCGCGCGCCAAGACUUGUUUUUUUCUGUUUUGUUCUCUAAUAAAUCUCCGCAAAUCAGCACGUCUGUCGACGUGUCGCACGAUCGAGGUAUCGUGACAUCGUGACAGUUAGCGAGGAAGCUACGGCCGCUGGGUUGGGCUGAAGUUGGAGAUGAGCCGAUCAGUCGGCGAGUUCCACCUUAUGGGUCAUCUAGGAGAGGGCUCCUUUGCCACGGUGUUCCUUGCUCGUCAGCGGGAGACGGGGAGGGAGUUCGCGAUGAAAGCCAUCAGUCGCGCUCGUGUGCAGGGAAAACUCCAAGAGAACCUGGAGUCGGAGAUCUCGAUCCUCAAGAGCUUCCGGCACGGCAACAUCGUCGAGCUCUACGACAUCAAGAAAACGGAGCGGCACAUCUACCUCGUUUUAGAGUACUGCGCGGGGGGCGACCUCAGGGCGCUGAUACGGAAGGAAGGGAAGCUGGCGGAGACGUCUGCGAGGCACUUCAUGCGCCACCUAGGCUCUGGGCUUCACUUCCUGUGGUCGAAGAACCUCGUCCACCGGGAUCUCAAGCCCCAAAACCUGCUGCUCUCGGGACCCGGCCUAGACGCCACGUUAAAGAUCGCCGACUUCGGCUUCGCCCGGCACUUGGCGCAGGCCUCCAUGGCGGAGACCAUCUGCGGAUCCCCCCUCUACAUGGCCCCGGAAAUUCUCCAGGGGCACAAGUACGGUGCAAAGGCGGACCUGUGGAGCGUAGGGGCGAUCUUGUUCGAGAUGUUGGCCGGCAAGCCGCCGUUUGGGGGCCAAAAUCAGAUCCAGCUGCUGGCCAACAUCCGUCGAGGCCCAAGCCCGCCGGCCCGGGACGGCUUCUACCCGCUGCCCGACGGCGUGCCGAGACCUGGCCGCUCCUGCAACGAGCUCCUGUGCCGCCUCCUGGUGCCCGACCCGCAGCAGCGCGCGUCGUUCAGGGAGUUCUUCAAUAGCGACGUGUUGCGCUCUGCUUGUUCUUCGUCGUCGUCGUCGGCGGCGGCGGCGGCGGUGGCGGCGGAUGGCAACGGCGCCACCGACGUAGCCUCGGGCCGCGGGGCGGCGGAAGUUGGUCGGAGGGAAUCGUUCGCGACGGAUCGGAAGGUUUCUGGGGGUGGUGGUGGUGGUGGCGGAAGCGCGCGGAAUGUCGAGGGGGAUGCCUUAGCGGCAUCGGGAGCGGCGGCGGCGGCGGCGGCGGCCGCCUACUCCGCCGGAGCUCAGCAGCAGCAGCAUCACCAGACCGUCGCGAGCCAGCCGCGAGGAGGGAGAGGAGUCCAAUGGUCGCCGCCCGGAGCCCUGGGCGUGAGGCCCCCCGGACGAGGACGGGCGGUUCAAGCCACUGAGCCGUACGUUCAGCGAGCCCCCGGUCGUCGCGCAGCGCACUCGGCUCCAGACCCCUCCCUCGCGGGGCGCGGGCGGGAGGUCGUCGAGGGGCCCUUGGGCGGGACCCGCGCCGCAGCAGGGCACCCCGUCACGGCCGCCGCUGACGCCUCCCUCGCCGGCCAAGGGCUCGGGGUCGUUGGGAAUAACGAGGGUUGGUCUCCGCACGGGCACGGCGAUGGUCGUUACGACGGCGGUGGCGGCGGCGGCGGGGGGGAAGCGCCGUACGAGCCGCAGCAGCGCCUGCGCUCGAACGGGCCCAACUCGGCGCCAGAGGUCUCCUACAUGGGCUACGCGGCCUCGAGGGCGCGCGAGAGAGGGGCGGCGGCGGCGGCGGCCGCCGCCGCCGGCCUCCGCGGCGUGGCCUUCAGCUUGGUCGGCGACAGCCCUCCGCAGUCGGCGACCGUGUCGCCGCAAGGCUCGCAGCCGUCGCCCACUCCCCGGCGGGACAGCUUGGGGCCGCCUCCGAGGGGGGGGGACGACUCCCCCGGCCGUGGGCACUCGCGACCUUCAUCCCUCGACCUCGGCGGGCGGGCGCCGGAGCCGACGCUCCGGGGGAACUCCCCCGGUGGUCAGGUGCUGGCGGUGGCGUCACAGGCGGUGGCAGGGGCGGCGGCUGCGCCGGAGAGGAGCUUCCAGGCGCUGAACGCUUCCCCUCCGGACGGGUACCCGCUACAGGUGGCCGCGAUGGUGACCGCAGGGCGCCAGAGGAUGUGGGGCGGAGCGGCGGGAGGGCUGGGCGUGGCGGAAGGUGGCGGGGUUAACGUCGGCGGCGAUGGCGGCUUGGCGUACCAAGGGGACGCGGCCUCGGCGGCGGUCGGCGGGGGAGGGUCUAACAGGUCGGGGGUGAUGGGCAGGUUGAGCGAUGAGCCAGUGUCGCAACAGCAGCAGCAGCAGCAUCAGGGUCAGCAGGAUCGACGAGUCGACGAUGGCUCCGGCGGCAGCGACGACUUCGUCCUGGUCGACGGCACCACUUCGAUGGACUCGAACACCGCCGCCGCCCCCGCCGCCGGAGUCGGCGGGGGGCACGCGCACGCCGUGUACCGAUUAGCGGGCGAAGGGGACGCUGGCUCGCUCGGCCCUCUACUCGUCAUCGCAGGCGGAAGGUGGGCCUGGGGAGGAACUGGAAACAUGGCGCUGGGCGUUCAGCAGCAGGGGCUGGGAGCGGCGGCCCCACGCUCUGCCGAUGGGCCGGGAGCGGGGGACGGUCGGGGAGCAGGCGCGGGAGCGGCCGUGCCGUCGCUGUCCUUGGAGGGGGUCCUGCGGUGUCUACAGCUGGGAGAUUCGCGAGUGGCCCCCGCCAUGCGAUGCCGCCAAAAGUCGAAGCUUGACGUACAUGCUCGGGCUGCCGCCGCCGGUGCAUGGAUGGCGGGCGACGGCGCGGGCAACGGCACACCCGCCGGAUUGUUUGCCCAGAACCGGGGCGGAAACUUCUGCGCGUUUUCUCGAGACAACCCUCCGCUAUUCGUCGACAUGGAAGAGCCGUGGCUCCCGUCCUCGAGCAGUCAUAGCGCCUGCCAGGGCUCUCUCAGCGGUGCUAGUGGUGGCGACACCGGCUUCUUGGGGUCCUCCGUCUCCUCCUCUUCGGCGGCCUGCUGCGACAGCCACCGUCUCUUCGGCGAAGCGUUGGUCCUGUACCUCAAGAGCCUCUCCAUGGCCAAGGAGGCGAUUGUCUGGGGCAACCAGGCGUUGGAGUGCCUUCCCGUAUCGCCCGCCGUCACAGCCCCCUCGGCCUCUUCUCCCUCCGCAUCAUCAUCGCGCCACCAGGCGCAAAACCAACCGCCGCCGCCACCGCCGCCACCGCCGCCACCGCCGACUGGCUCCCCGCACGUGCGGAGCCCAGGCGGGGGGCGAGCGGCCGUCGUCGAGGGGGGGACCGCAACAACAGCAGCACACGACGACUUCCCUAGCAGGAGCCAGCACCAGCACCAGCACCAGCGCCGGCAGGGGUCCGGCAAGUUUGCGGUCGAGGCCGCCGACGGUCCUGUCUCCUCACGGGCACCCGCUAGCGGGGUCGGUUCUUCGUCGUCAUCAUCAUCCGCGGCGGCGCCACCGCCGCCGCAGCUGUCGUCGGAGGCACAGGUGGCGGCGUGGGGGUCGUCGCUUCUCUUGUGGCUGAGCGGCCAGUUCUCGGCGGUGCUGAGGAGGGCCGAGCGCUGCAGGACGGAGCUGCGCGGCUCUGCCUCGACGGAGUCACCCGCGGCCACGGCGGCGGCGACGUCGAGCUCCGGGGCGGCAACGACGCCGGCAGCGUCGGACACAGGCCGCGCCCUGCCGGACCGCGGUGGUGCAAGCGCUGCCACUAGCUCCUCUCCCGGCGCCUCUGGCGGGGUGGUGGACCCUGCGCCCGCCGUUCCCGCCCUCACCGCCGCCGGCAGUGGUGAUGGUCAGGGACGUGCCGUAGACCCUGACUUGGGCUUGGGUGGGGCUACCCUUGUCUCGGCGUCGCCGGAAAGAUCCUCCGCUAUCGUUGCCGCCGAGCGUAGGGGAGGGGGUGGGGGGGGGGCGGUAGUGCAGGGGGGGCACGAGCACGGGGCGGCCCCGGCGGCGGUGGCGGUGUCUGCGAGGGAUAUCGUGGUGAGGGCGGCGCUAGCGAUGGCGAAGGAGUCGGCCGCGAGCGAGGUGCUCGGCAUGUGGGAACCCGCUCGCAAGGGCUACGAGAAGGCCGCCCUCCUCCUAGAGACACUUCUCCUCGACGCCUCGGUGGCAAGAACGGAGGCCACAGGUGCUAACCCCAGCCCCAGUGCCGUCGGUGGUAGCGGCGAGCCAGGGACAGCCGCCGCUGCGAAGCUCGCCUGGGGCACUGGGGGAGGGGGAGGGGUGGGCGCCGGGGCUCCCGGAGAUUCUCUGAUCACGUCGGGGACCCGAGGGGGGGUGCUGACCGAAGCGGACCAACGUGUUCUUCAGAACUACAUGACAAGGUUUGCCCGACGCGCAGCCGACGUUGCUGCGAACGAGAAGGAAGAGGCACGGAUCGCGGGGAGCGAGGGAACGAAAGCCGGUACCACGGAACCCAGCGAAGUGUAA